GCCUGCCCAGGCCCGAACUAACUUGUUGAAGUAAGCCCCGGGCAAAGGCCCGGAAUCGCUCCGGUUGAUGGAAUUAUUGUUGAGAGUCUGGUCAAAUAUCCGGGGGAAUACCCCCCGACUGCCCCUCCAUCGACUUGCGCGCUUCGGAGUAUAUCAUGCCGCUGUUUCUCGCCUUUUCCCUCUUUCUCUUUUAAUUUUCUUUACUUUCUUUCCUCCUUUUUACCUUUUUUUGCUUUACAAACUAUUCCCAGAUACCCAAUUGCAAAAAUGGCCAUCGCAGACACACGCUUCAAGCUCAACACCGGCGCUGAGAUCCCCGCGCUCGGUCUCGGAACAUGGCAAUCCGCCCCAGGUGAAGUAAGCAAGGCCGUCUAUCACGCUCUCAAAGUGGGCUACCGCCACAUCGACGCUGCACAAUGCUACGGCAACGAGACCGAAGUCGGCGAGGGCAUCAACCGCGCCCUCUCAGAAGGCCUUGUCCAGCGCUCUGAAAUCUUCGUCACCACAAAGCUGUGGUGCACAUAUCACACCCGCGCAGAGGAGGCCCUCAACCUCUCCCUCUCCAAGCUCGGCCUCGACUACGUCGACCUGUACCUCGUGCACUGGCCGCUGGCGAUGAACCCCAAUGGGAACCACGAGCUGUUCCCCAAGCUGGCGGACGGGAGCCGCGACAUCGUGCACAGCCACAGCCAUGUGACGACGUGGAAGAACAUGGAGGAGCUUAUUGCGAAGAACCCCGGGAAGGUUAAGGCGAUUGGAGUGUCAAAUUACUCCAAGCAGUAUCUGGAGGAGUUGCUGCCGCAGGCGAAGAUUGUUCCUGCUGCGAACCAGAUUGAGAACCAUCCGUCGCUGCCGCAGCAGGAGAUUGUGGAUUAUUGUAACGAGAAGGGCAUCAAUAUUACGGCUUAUAGUCCGUUGGGCAGCACUGGGUCACCGUUGUUCAGUGCGCCGGCCAUCGUGGAAGUUUCGAAGAAACGGAAUGUUAGCCCUGCGACAGUGUUGUUGAGCUGGCAUUUGGCCCGUGGUUCCGCCGUACUCGCAAAGUCAGUCACGCCCUCGCGUAUCGAAGAGAACAGAAACCUCGUCGCUCUGGAAAAGGAAGACGUCGACCUCAUUGCCAAGUACUCUGCCGAGUUGGCUGCGACGAGCGGCUUCCAGCGCUACGUGUAUCCUCCUUUCGGCGUGAACUUUGGAUUCCCUGACAAGCAGUGACUAUCCGCCGGCUCGAGUAGACUGUAAUCGGGAACAGUUAAAGUAUAUAGAUUGUACAUAGAAAAAAACUGUUCAUUAUUCGGUCGAAUGAUCACUGGAGCAACCAUCAGUAACAUAAAGUCUACUCU